UAGUACUUUAAGUGUGAUUUGUAUCUUAUACAUUUGCAUAAAAUUUUUUAAUAAAACGAAUGGUCAAACAUGUGAGAAAAAGUCAACAGCGUCAUCUAUUAAAAAACGGAGGGAGUAGCAACCAAUAACCGAAUUAGAUUUUUAAAUACUACGAAUAUGGAGACUACUUAUUAGUUAAUAUCCAACCUGAUAAUAAUAGGUUAUAUGUUUUAUGUUUUGGAGCGGGUACCUGUGCACCUCUCGGACCCUGCAUAUGUUUCUGUGGUAAGGCCCAUGAAGUUUUCGGUGAGAGGUUUAUUCCAGUCCAGAACCGGAAAGCCCACAAGUGUAUUUUCCCCACGCGAUGGACGCGUCAACGCGCGCACCAAGCCAGCCCGGCAAAAAGGUGCAUGUGGGCUUCGGCUUCCACUUCGCCCGGUGCGGUAGCUAAUCUGGGCCGGCGUCGCGAGGUGGGGUACCGUGGCCUGUGGGGGGUGGGAAAAAGUACACCGAAGGUGCCUCAACUUAUCAUCGAGUUAUAAAAUCGUCCUUGAACCGCAAAACCGGAUUCAGCGCAUCCCUCAACUCAGCGUAGAACCCACGUGAGUUCCAAAUGUCAGCCUCUUCUUCCCCUCCCUUUGUUGGAUAGCCUCCAUAGACCAAGUCCACAGACCCCUCAAGACUUGGCCUCUCACUCCUGCUGCAUAGAGAAGCACUCAAGCACCGGAGAGAGAGAGAGCCGACGGCCAGGGGACCACGACCCGGUCAGCGGCGGAGGAGAUCCGGCGUCCGGCGGCGUGGUGAGCUUAAGCGAUGGUGGCGCCACGAGCCCGCCGGAUGCGGUGGCGAGACAGAUUCCCCCGGGUGGCUAUGGAGACCGGUGGUGGACCUCUCCCUGGAGCAACGCGAGUGGAGGUGGACGCUGAGGUCGGCGCAGAGGGGAUAGACCGGCGGGAGUCGGCGGCGGUCGGCGCGGAGUUGUCGGGACGCGGAGGAUGGCGGGGCGGCAACUCGGCGGGACCAGCGAGCGUGGUGGCCAGGCUGUCACCGGGCACCGGCCGACGGUCCAAGGACGUUGAGGUCAACCAGCCCGGGGACGUGCGCCAGCGGCUGCGGUGGAUUUCUUCGGGGGGCGGCCACCCGAUUUUUUUUCUCGUCGUCAUCACCCGAUUGCGCCUCCCGCUGGUUGUCGGCAACACCUGGGGCGAGGCCACCCCGACAUCGCGGCUGGAGUCCAGCCAUCGCCGAGUUCCCAUUGAUCACAGGACCACCUCCACCCACCGCGGCGUCACCUUGGGCAGCCUCCGCCGCGCCGCUCCUCUCCUCGUUGGCGUCGACCCGCCUCCGCCGGUCGUCUCCGCCACCAGCGCCGGGGAUCGACGAGGAGCCAUGGCGGUGGGAUCUGGCGCCCGCGCCGUCGGCGACGGCGGUGGCGGCGGUGUGGGGGGGGGGCUCCCGCUCGUCGCCCGUCACCGCGUCGUCACUGCCGCUGCCUCCCCCACCGGCCUCCUCUCCACACGCCGGCUAGGCUGCCAAUGAAAAGAAGAGGAAAGAGGAAGAGAGGUGGAGAAGGGAGGGGAAGGAGAGGCCAACGUGUGGAAACUAUGUGGGUCCAACGCUGAGUCCGUUGUUAUAUCGGAUAAAAUCAAAAACCAACGAGGACCUGUUUACAUUGGUUUUAUAAGUUAAGAGAUGCGCGUUGUAUCCGUUUUUAUGAUUCGAGCACGAUUUUGUAACUCGAUAGCAA